AUGCUUACUUGUUAUGUGGUAGACGAACCCGAGGAAUGGGACACGUAUCUGCCAUUCGUCACAUUCGCAUACAACACGUCUAAACAAGCAACUCUUAAAGAUAGCCCAUUUUACCUUUUCUACGGAAGAGAACCCAUUUUACCAAACGACAUUAAGAUCAACCGUCAUUACGAAAUGGAAGGAAAUCAACAUGAAGAAUAUUCACGCCAGUGGAAAAAGGCACAAGAAUUAGCGAACCAACAUUUGUUCAAAGCUCAAACGAAGCAGAAAAAGUAUUAUGAUGACGGGACAAAAAGUGUCAAGUACAAUCCAGGUGAUCUGGCAGGAACAACAACGUUGAGUUUUACAUCAACUCCUACAGGGGAAGGGAAGUGGUAUGCUAUAAAAGAAUACCAUGCAUUAAAUUGUUUAGCAACGAGAGAGAUAACAUUAAAACAAGAGACACCAGAAAGCUUAGUGGAAAGUCCAUUUGGAUUCUUAAACACCACUCAGCAAGAAGGGGAGUAUACACAAAAUCAUAACACCAUAGUAUGGGGAGAUAGAUCAACAAAUUCAUCAAAUUCACAAAUUAUUUUUAAAGGUGAAGGGUAUAUAGAAUUAACAAACUCAAUGGUUAAUGUAAAUACUAGCCGUCUUCUUGAUAAUAACAAACAGAUAGAAAUAACUUUCUCUAACAAACCAGAUAUAAAUAAUAAAGAAUUUACCCAACCUGGAUUUAAAGUAGUAGGGAUGCCUUUGACAUUUCUUAUUUUUCGAGUAGAGACGACCACAAAGUUGUGCAGUAGACAGGGAACAAUUAGUGAAAAUCAACAAUGGGUUAUCGAAAUCCUAACAACAAACCCGGAUGUGUUGGACAAUUUCCCAGAUGCAUCCAUUGACGAAUUCGAAGAAAUCCAGUUGGAACAGAGGACAUCAGUAACAACGACCGUCAGUUCGCCAAUUUUCGGAGGAUUAUUGAAGCGGAACCAUGGGAGAGGAAACAUCAUAUGGGACAUGAUAGGAUGGGGACUAAUGAAACAUGGUAAGUCACCCGAUGAAAAAUGUUUAACACACAAUGGCGUUAACAAACCAAUAACACUCGAAGCAUGCGAUCCUAACUGGAUCAAAUGUCAAACAAGCCUACAAAAAUUAUUAACAAGUAAUGACCCCUUGGUGCAAUCACAAACAACCGUGGCUAACUGUAGCGAAGCAUCUAGCAAGGGCCAAGCCUUCGAAUAUUCCUCAGACUUCACGAUAAGACCAUUUAACACAAACAACUGCAUUAAAGCGAACACAACGAUGCUCAUCCUGCACGAAUGCUCAGAUAAAAGUUCCAUCUGGGGAACAUUCGAUCACACAGGACAAUUAAUGGCAAGUGAUAGAACAGGACUUCAUUCAGGCGCUUCGGACCGGAAAUGCCUAACAAGACGGAUCGACAAAUUAUCGUUGGGACACUGUCAUGGAACAAGCCAGAAACAACAUUUUAGCUUCGAGUACCGGAAUCCACAUCAACCUAGAACAUUGACGGCAGCAGCAAUAAUAUCUCUACAUACGCAACACGCCUUAUUUGGAAAAAAUCUACCAAUCUUGCCACCAUUAAACCAUCGUGAUCCAAAGGAGAUUAACUAUAAAACAAACGCAACGGAAGGAAUAACUAAAAAUUCGACCAUAACGACAAAGUCAGCAACAUCCAUGACUGCUACAACAGAUAAAUCAGUCAUACCUUCCAUUGCAGCCAAGGUAACAACAAGUGCGAAGACAGAAACAACAACAACAUCGAUUAGGCCGACUACAACCACAACAAAACCGACAACAACCUUCAGAACAACAACAAAAUCAACUACUACCACAAAAAAGCCAACAACAACCACACAAAAACCGACCACAACCACACAAAAACCAACCACUACCACACAAAAGCCGACCACCAUCAUUCAAAAACCAAAUACUACCACACUAAAAACAACCACUACCACACAAAUAACAACCUCUACACCCAAAUCAACUACAACAUCAAAAUCUACGACAAUAUCAACAGAAGCAGAGAAAUUACCAACAAUAACAUCAACAACCGCAUCAUCAACAUUAACUAGUACAUCACUCAAAACGACUAUCACGACACAGUCAUCUACAACUACAGAAAAAGUUUUCACAGGAACCACAACGACAGACACAAUAAAACCAAAAUCUAACCAAGCUGAAAUUAUUUCGUCCACCGAGCCAACUAUAAGCCUAAAAUAUCUUACACCAAGCCAAAUAAGAGAACAGCCAAGCGAAACAACAACCACUGAAAUAACAAAAUCAAGGGAUAACGAAGAAGAAGAUAUAGAAAAAUUUGAGAGACAAAACAAUACAACCCGAGAUAAGUCAGAAUUUCAAGACAAAAAUUCAAAUGAUCAAUUAAAGGAUUCAACACAACAAAAAGAAAAUACAGCACACGAACUUGUAAUAGAUGACUAUCGACCGCUAAAUGACGCUAAUACAAGUAACGGUCUACCAAAAUCCACUGAGGAGCUAAGUGACUUGAUAAAAUACGAGCUUGGAAAAAUGCACGAGCAAUACAAAAUCAGUAUUGAAACUGAACACGACAAUAAAUUGGCAAAAGAAAUUCGGGAUGUUUACUGCCAGUUAUCAAAGAUAAAACGAACGCAAGCCAUAAUCUUAGCCCAAACAAAUGGAUUGCUUGCAGCCGCCGCACUCGGACUUCCAAUGUGUACAAGGAUAUAUGGUUUUGGUCAAGCCAUGACAUUGCAACAAUGCGACCCAAAAAGGAUAUCACUAUCAGCAAAAGAGACCAAGUGUGGGUUCCAGCUUUUUGUUUACGGAAAAAACAACUGUACAAUCGGACUCGACGGAUGGUCUAUUCAUCCGUAUUCGGAGUGCUUUUGGAAAUCCCAAUUGAUAAACAUCAACGGAUAUCCUCAUACGUGGCAACAUAACGCCACAGCAGGAGACUGGAUUAAACAAGAGGCGACCAUACAUACUUCAAAUCUGGAUUUAAUUGCAGAAUUCGAAGAACUGCACUUAAACAGUUUCGACUAUGGAUUAAGGAACCAUCCAGCUCAUGGAACCAUGGAAAUGGAACAGCUAAACAUCUUAAAUGACCUGGUGGGACGAAUUAAUGAAGGAGAAGGCAAAGAGUUACCUGACAUCCUAGUAACAGAAGAGCAGGACAAUCAAAUCGGGAACAUGUUUUCCUGGUUUGACACAUUAAAAAUUAUGGCUCUCUCAGCGAUAGGAUUCAUCCUAUUUCUCAUCUGUCUAAGAAUUUUUAUUGCCUGUAAUCCUAUUCCACGGAUUAAGGAAAGCUUCAGACGACGCAAGCAAUCACGUAACGUGAGCGAAAGUGAUGGUCAAGAAAUGGAUUCAAUGAUACCAGAACCCAUCUACAGCGCUGGAGGAGCAAAUGAAAAACCGUUCAUUAGGGAAUUUGCACCUUUAAUGACGUUAGCAACAGAAACACCAAAAGAAACCCUUACGUCGAUAAACACACCAAGUGUAGCCACACGACCUGCAGCUAUGUCGUUGGAUACGGAAUGGUGUGGGAGGAUCUAUGCAGAUGUACUCCAGAAGACUAUUUAA